AUGUUCCGGGGCCACCGCGCCUGGUUCUCGCAGAGCGUCAGCCCGCGCCCGCGGGAGCUGUGGGCGGCCGGCGGCGGGGUGCUGGCCCACUGGUGGGAUGCCGACUACCUCUUCAGCAGCGAUGCCGCCCACCCGGACACCCGCAGAAUACACAAGAGCCACGAUUACUUGGAGGGCAGAGCUACAGUUUUUCACUCCUGUUACCUCUCUGCGUGGGCAAGCACCGGCGCAGGAGCGAAGCCGUUGGUGUUUCUGGGCCACUUCAUCCUGCCGCCUGCCUGCCUGCAAGAAGAAAUCAGAAGGAAAAUCGGUAGCUUUAUUUGGGAGCAGGCAGACCAUUCACCUGCAGAGCAGCCCAACGAAAACCUGACGGACGAACCGGAGGCGGUGCGAAAAGGCUGUGAGGGCAAAGUGGAGGAGGAUGUGCUAGACCUGGCCGAAAGCAGCGAAGAAACAGGCCGCAGAGCACCUGCCCGGGGGGACUUUCCAUACCGCGCCCUCCAGGGAUACCCGAUGAAUAACAUGGUGACAGGCUACGCCUCCGCUCGCGACAUGAAGAAAUACGUCGGAGAGCUCCGCGAUUUCAUUCCCGGCACCUCGGGCUACACCGCAUAUUGGAUUCAGAACGAGAUUAACAUUUACUCUGAGGCGAAGACUAGGAUGAAGAAAAAAUUCUAA